UGUUUUAAGAGUUUACCACGUUUUCCACCUUAAUUCGAAAAAUAUAGAUCGCACGAUAAAAGUUGUAGAUACUUAUUCGUAGAGAAUCAGAUUUACAACGACUCAAGUCUUUACCAUUUAUGUCGAAAAAUUAAAAAUUACCGAGAUAUCCAGCAGAAACAAUUUCCUAUUAAAUUCGAAAUGGCGGAUAACGCAAAUGUGAAAAUUGUUCGCCAGUUUUUGAAUUUAGACUACCAGUCCUGGUACCAUGUGAUCCCCCCUUAAGGUUAGAACAAUAAAACUGCAGACGUCGAUUUAUUUCAGGUCGCAUGCUAACCCGACUGGGCUAUCUUCCCUACAAAUUCAUUAAAUUGCAUUAAAUGUGUGUGUUUUGAUGUUUUGACCGUGAAGAUUUUCGUCCUUUGGCUCACCCCUCACCUUUAUUUAGUUAUAUGACACUAUGGAGCAUGUCACGAAUCAACUAUAGGAUUUUUCGAAAACUCUCGUGUAUCUAUUUCGGUAGGUUCAAAUGGGUUUUUUUUACUAAUCGUAAACCAUACUGAGAUUGGGCCUGCUAUAGCUGCGUGAGGAUAAACGGCGACUGAUUUAAAAUAGUUUAUCAAGUUAUUUUAUGAUUUAUUGACAUACUAAACAACACUAUCCCUUCGUUGGUGACCACCAAACGAUUCUAUGUGACUUGACUCAUUCUCAAUUAUUAUAUAUGAAGCAAGAACAAAUAAAGUUUGGCCAACUUUCGACCGAAAUUUCAUUUAUUUCAUUAUAAAAUAAAAUUAGUGGUCACCCAAUAUUUUAACCGCUAAAUGAACACCGAAAAAAAUAUAAUUUAUAGAAAAGUAAAAAAUUUCAUGUUAUAUCAUCCGAUUAAGUUUAUGGAGGCAUAUUAAACAAGUACGAAUAUGGAGGAAAGAGAAGAAUCAGGCUGGACGGCUGGACGAACGACGAGUCAGAUUUAGAGCGGCAUUGUUGUUUCGAUCGUUUCUUUGACGCCGCCUCGUUUCAUCGUUGCGGGGAAUAAAUGUCUAACGAAAAUACAAACAAAUGAAAACGAAGCCUAAAAUAUCGCAUUUCAUGUUUAGUUAAUUGUUAAUUUAAAGCUAAGUCUCAUAAAAAUAUACGAAUGUUCACCGGGUUGUGCCAUGUGGAAAGUGCAAUAACCUGAUAUGAGCCGAGCGUGCGAGAUUCAACUUGUCUGUUACCAUAACCUUAAAAUGAACUAGUUAUAUCAAAUUGAACAAACUGUACAAAGAUGCGUCGUUCACGUAUAAAAGCAGUGGCGACUGUACCGGCGCGACGCAAACCAAUAAACAGCAACCCGAAAGAUGAGAAAUCAGAACCAACGAAUAAAGCAAAUCAAGAAAUCGAUGAGAACAACAAAAAACCAACUGAAAUUACGCCUCAACAUGCUAAAGCUGGGGAAAGAGAAAUAAAUGAACCGACCGAACCGUUAAAAUCAACGAAUGAACCAGAAACAGAGAACCAACUUGCAGUGGAAUCACCAAAAAAAUAUAAAAUUGACAAUGCAAUAGAAAUUAUUGAAUCAACCAUUAGUCAAAAGGAUUGCUUGACUGUAGAAUCAUCAAGGGAUGUAAAUGAAGAAAAGGCUGCAAAAGACGAUGGAAAUGCAUCUGAAAACUCAGGAGCACCAGAUGUUGAUAGCCAAAUUUUCACUCCCAAUAAAGUGCCUCAGAAUAAAAUUUCUUCCACGACUGUGGAAUUAAAAAAUGUUGCCGAACAGGAAAACACUCCAUUUGCGAAGGUCCUUCACCAGACUCGAACGAGUUUUAUGCGUCCGACCCCGCGGUUGGACGGCGGCGGUAGAAUUCGUCGUAACAGUGUCCAAGGCAGCGGAGCGAGUGCUAGUGAAUCGGAAGAUGAUUGUCGCAGAUCUGCGAGUGUCCUGACGAAUCGUGUGCGAAACGAUUCGAUAUCUUCGCUCCAGAGCACAAAAAGCACCAAUCGCGAGAAUCCUGGACAAACUAAUUUAAUGACAAGCACAGGAAAUUCUGCAGACAAAUCUGGAACAUCACCUACCAAAACCAUGAGUUCUUUGGCUGUGAGACAAAAACGAAAAAUGAACGUUUCCGAAUCAGCCCGAAAACUGGCCGAAGCGAGGCGAGAAUUUCAGUUGAAAUACGAACACAAACAACCUGAUAGAACAAAACUGACCAUGUACGAUCUUAUAUAUUACAAUCCGAUCACGAAUCCGAUCAAAAAGUCGGAUCGAAUUCCAAGUGCACCAAAAACAGUGUCUUCCGCCUCUCCUACGCAUAUGGAGAUAGAUGAGGAUGAAGAGGAGGAUUGCGACACUCCCGAAGCCCUGCCAGUGCCACAAGUCAAAGUCGGGCCAGACGGUCAUCUCAUCUUGGACGAACAAAGUCUUGUGAUCGAACAUACCGGCGCUAAAAAGAAUCGGCAAGCUCUGGCCCGAACUGAAGCUCUCGUUGAUGAUGAUUGCAACGGAAAUGGAUUUUACAAAAAACGUCAAAAAACUCGCGACUGGCCGCGAUGGGAAACUCUAAAAUUCUACAAAGCCCUCAACACCGUCGGCACUGAUUUCCUUCUAAUGCAAAGCCUUUUCCCUCAAAGAACGAGACAUGAAAUUAAAAUGAAGUUUAAAAAAGAGGAGAAAACUAAUCGUCGAUGUAUUGAAAAAGCUCUCACUUUUCAUCAAGAAUUUGACAUCGAAUCGCUCAAAGAAGAUCUUGCCUCCUUCGAGGUAGCCAAGAGUAAACAUGCAGAAUCGUCAAAGCCAGAGAAACCGGUGCGACGAUCGAAAAGUCUGAAAACUCAGAUUUCGAAACCACCACAAGUUGCAGUCUCCAGUUCGGAGGAAUCGGGCGCCGGAGAAGAAAGCGAUCCAGAAAUUUACCAAGUAAAGCCAACGCGUUCGGGUCGAUUACCAAAAGUUCGAAAGCUCCAAGCACCGAAAAUAAAUACUUUAGACAAUUUAUUUUCGGAUCCCGAGACUGCGAACGAACCACCGAGUCCUAGGUCUUCGAUACCCGAGAACGAGAGAGCCAUGGAUCAUACGGACGAAGGGGAAAUUCCACCUGAGAAAACUUCGGAGGAGACUCACAAUAUUCUGGAAAAAGUGCCUCGAGAAAGUUGUAUCUCUGACAUUACCCAAGUUGAACCGGGUUCUUUGGUUAUUGUAUCUCGCGAGUCCGAGGAAGAACCCGGCGAAACGGUCCUCCAAGUUUAUAUGGUUAGUCCUGACUUGGAUGACGGCACCGGCCAAAAUAUGAUGCCAGUCAAAUUAACUCCUGAACUUCUGAACACUGUUUCCGCUGGCAUGACCAACGUCAAUCCGAUCAACUUUAAUACUAAUUAAUUAAGACUCUCGCUAAAUUAGCUCUUAUUAUUUAUGACAUCGUUCGUGUUUCUUUUUUAAAUAAACAAAAAACUUGUUUUUUCACUGAA